AUGUCGAAAUCCUCUGCUCUUCUCCACUGCCUCAAACAAUUGUCGGAAACAUUUGCGGACCAGCUCUCGAAAUCGCAAUACGCUCCUCCUUCCGGCGCCAACUUCUCCGUUAAGUCUCUUCUCCUCUCUCUUCUUCAGCCAUCAAAAACCAACCCAUCAGACCAAUCUCUCGAAGCUGUUCGGCCCUUAAUCACAGACUUUAUUUUAUGCUUUGCCGCUUUGUUAUCUUCAUCCGAUUCGACCUCUGAACACCUUUCAUGGAUACCGAGGUCUCUUUCUUCCGCCGCCUCUUCCGCUUUCACAGAGUUAUCCAAUGCUUAUCGUGACAGUUUUGAUACUGGGAAGGAGCUAAUUAAGAUAGGCGAGGUGGAAUUAGAGGUGGAUGUGAAAUUUGUUUCCAGUGAGAAGAGAUUAUUGAUUGAGUUUAUGCCUCUGCUUCUGCCUUUGUUGAAAGAUAAAAUAAAAGAGAGUUCGAUUGAUACGGCUGAUGAUAUUUCGGCUGCUAGCGCUGGGGUUCCGGCGGCAUAUGCGAUCGUGGCUGCUCACCAGCUCCGAUGGAUUGUCACUCAGGUUGAAGCCCUCAUUUUUUUUCUUUUUCUUUUUCCCUUUUUGGGGUGA